AUGGUGGGGCGCCAAGUGGCCCGUCGGUAUGCUUCGACAGGCAAGCUUACCACCAAAUCAGAUGUCUACAGUUACGGUGUAAUUCUUUUAGAACUCUUGACAGGCCGCGUACCCAUUGAUGCCAAUCGGCCUUCUGGAGAACACGUCCUAGUCUCAUGGACUGCAUUGUGCAAUGAUUCUCAGGCUCUUCCGCGUUUAACAAACAGAGAUAAAGUAGAGGAAAUGGUGGAUCCAGCUCUACAGGGACAAUAUUCGAACAAGGAUCUAAUUCAAGUGGCUGCUAUUGCAGCUAUGUGUGUACAAACUGAAGCUGAUUAUCGACCUCUAAUGACAGACGUUGUCCAGUCCUUGAUCCCUUUAGCAAAAAAUCUCUCUUCGGCAUGUUCCUCCUCCAAUUCACUCAGAUUUAAUCAAACAGCAAGUCCAAGGUCUCAAUGGGAGUUUGAUUCUAUUUUCUUUGAUAGUGCAUAG